UUUGCUAUAAACAUGAAGUGCCGGAUGUAUCUUCUACUGCUUCUCUUGCUUUUUUCUCUUAUUUUAUCUGCGGCCGAUGAAUUUUCUACUAUAUAUGGUGAGCUGGGUGGCUCAGUUUUCCUGCACCUGAAAAAAGCGUGGCUACUGAACAACGAUGGAAUUAUACAGAAGGACAAUACAACCACAGUGGGGAGGUUUAAAAACAAUUUUACUCUGGUUCACAGCUAUAAAACACAUGCUACAUUAUUUUCCAAUGGAACCUUCAGAAUGGACAGAUCUCAGGAAAGUGAUUCUGGAAACUAUACUGUGGUAACGCAUGACAAAGAUGGACGUUAUAGUGGAACAUUUGUCUUCCAGGUCAUCAUAACUAUUCCACCUGUAUAUGGUGUUCUGGGCAGUUCAGUGUUUCUGUACCAGAAAAAGGGCAACCAUCUGAACUGUUCUGAUUUCAUAUGGAAAAAGGAUGGCUCUUGGCUGGUGACGUUUCAAAAUUCAACAUCCUCUUUUCACCCAGAGAAUACAAUCAAAGCUGAAAUUUAUCCUGAUGGAACCCUCAGACUAGACAACACCCAGGAAAGUGAUGCAGGGAAUUAUAUUGUGGAGCUGACUGAUGAAAAUGACACAAUAAUUCAUACAGAGGGCCACCACUUAAUCCUGAUUGAGGAGAAUAAGUUUGAAAUUGUAGAUGGGAUUGAAGGAAGCCCAGUUUAUCUCCAGCUGAAAGGGGGUAAUAUGAGGGAAAGUUCCCACAUUGAAUGGAAAAGGGGAAACACCCCACUAGCUGAGUUUAAAGAAAAUAACACUGGUUACCAUGGAGACUCCAAAAACAGAUCCGAGAUAUUCAGCAAUGGGACCUUGAGGCUGGACAGUACUCAAGAACAUGAUACAGGAACCUACAGUGUGGAUGUCUUCAAUGGAGAUGGAAACAUCAUACAACAUGGAACUGUUCAGUUAUUCAUAAUAAGAUACAAAGAAACCACAGCUGUUUCUGGAGCCACGGGGAGCUCAGAGUUUCUCUACUUUGGGAAAACUGAAUUUCAAAACAUUUAUGAUAUAAGAUGGAAGAAGGAGGGCUCCCUUGUGGCUGAGUUUAAGGGUCCUACCCCUCGUUACUAUGGAGACUAUGGAAGCAGGGCUGAGGUCUUCAAUAACGGGACCCUCAGACUGGACGAGACUCAGGAAACUGAUACUGGAAAUUACAGUGUGGAUUUCUUUUACAAAAAUGGUACAAAAAACAAAAUCCACACUCAGUUAUUCCUAAUUGAUGCUGUUUCUGAACCUGAACUUAAUUAUACAUGCACACCCGAUGGGAAGGUUGAGUUCCACUGCUUUUUAGAAAAAGGAGCUGAUCCUUCAUUCACAUGGAGUUUGAAUUACAAGACUCUGGAUGGUAACAGUGCCCCGCACAGUGUUAAAAGCCAGACACUUGUUUUGAAGGACAUAACCGGCUAUGUGGUCUGCACUGCUGAAAACAGUGUGAGCAAACAACAGAGUCCAAUUGUCUUCUAUUCCUGUGAAGGUUUCUUCACUGGAAAGCUCUUGUACCUUAUUAUAUGCUGGGGUUCCCUUGUGGCACUGUUCACAAUAGCGCUCGCUGUUCAGCUGUUCCUGAAAUCCCAAAUUUCAGAGAAUCACAGGAGGAGAAGACGAUCCCCAGCAAGAUUCCAGGAGAAUGCUGUCCCAGUCAAUCAGGGUGAGAAGCUACAGUAAUAUAAAACACAGUCCAUGUGCUUACAAAACACACCUGAGACCUUUCACAAGCGGCAAGAUGUCUUUAUUAUAUAUGUAUUGUAACAUGCAUACUGUAAAUAUUUCAAUUUCCUUUCAUGAAACAUGUUUUUAAAGUGUCUUGCUGUCUGCUUUUAGGUAACCUUAGGUACAACUGGGAUAUUGUAUUAUAAUUGUAUGAAUAUUGUCAUUUAACAUAAUUUGAUGAUGUUAAAUAAAAUUAGGGGGAUUUUGAUUGUUUUUUUUAACACUUUGUGCUUGGGUUUUUGUAAACUGGUAGAUUUCUUACAAACAUUAUACAAAUCAAUUGAGCACAGGGGAACAU